AUGAGAACAUUUCCGCAGCUGAACAGUGCAGCAAACAGAAUUCUCCAUCUCAUAGGUACAUGCACUUCACCAGCUCACAUCCAACAAAUCCAAGCACAACUCAUUCUCCGCAACCUCCACUCCAACACCACAAUUGCUUACCAUUUCAUCACUGCCUGCCAAUCCUUAAACCUUUUGGACUCGGAUUUCCUCUACACCCAUCUCCAAAGACCCCACGUCUUCAUUUGCAACACCCUCAUUAGAGCCUUUUCUUACUCCCAGUCCCCUCAGAACUCUAUGUCUGUGUACGCUCAUAUGCACAAAAACUCCAUUUCUCCAAAUAAUUACACCUUUCCCUUUCUUCUCAAGUCUUUGUCAGACCUUAAAGAGCAUAAACAAGGCCAAUGCAUACAUACCCAGACCACAAAAUUGGGCCACUUUAAUGAUAUUUAUGUCCAGAAUUCGUUAUUAAAUUUAUAUGCAUCGUGUGGUCAUAUGCGCAAGUGUCGACAUCUGUUUGAUGAAAUGCCUCAAAAAGAUGUUGUGACAUGGACCGUCAUGAUUACAGGGUACCGGGAGGUUGGGAAGUUUGAUGAUGCGUUGAUUGCUUUUGAACAGAUGCAAUAUGCCGGCGUAGUUCCGAAUCGGGUGACAAUGGUAAAUGCCUUAGCUGCAUGUGCGAGUUUUGGGGCACUUGACAUGGGUAUUUGGAUACAUGACUGUAUAAGGAGGAGUGGGUGGGAAAUGGAUGUGAUUUUGGGGACUUCCUUGAUUGAUAUGUAUGGAAAAUCUGGGAGAGUUGAAGAGGGCUUGGGUGUUUUCCAAAGUAUGAAAGAAAAGAAUGUAUAUACGUGGAAUGCCCUUAUUAAAGGGCUAGCUCUGGCCAAAAGUGGAAAUGAGGCUGUUUGCUGGUUUUCAAGAAUGGAGCUAGAGGGUAUAAAACCUGAUGAAGUGACUUUGAUAGCAGUGCUCUGUGCUUGUGCAUAUUCUGGGAUGGUGCAAACAGGUCGGGAAAUAUUUUCUUCAUUAAUUGAAGGGAGGUACGGGUUUUCACCAGGUGCCAAACAUUAUGCUUGUAUGGUUGACCUCUUAGCACGUUCUGGGUGUCUGGAAGAAGCUUUCAAAGUCAUAAAUGAAAUGCCAUAUGAAUCUACUAGAAGUAUAUGGGGUGCCUUGCUUGCUGGCUGUAGAGCUCAUGGCAACCUAGAGUUGAGUGAAUUUGCAGCUUGGAAGCUCGUAGAGUUGGCACCGGGGAAUAGUGCUUAUUAUGUGGUGUUGUCUAAUUUGUAUGCUGAAAUGGAAAGGUGGAGUGAUGUGGAAAAGGUUAGGCGGUUGAUGAAAAAGAGGGGACUCAAAAAGGACUUGGGUUCUAGUUCAGUAGAACUUGAGCAGCCCCAGGAGCAUCUUAAUGACUUAUUAACAUGACAAGACCCAUUGUCUUUGCUCACAAAGAAAUAAAAUUGAUGCAUCAACAUACCUUCCUAUAUGCAUCUGAAUUGUUUCUUUGGACUUAAAAAGAAUUUGAUGCAGAUUAUAAAGGCCACGCAAACUGCUGAGCUUUUGCUUCUCAACCAAUAGAUUGAUGAGAUUAUGUAGAUUAAUGACUUAUUAGCAACUCCAGCAGCAUUCUGAGAUAUAUUAAGAAAGAUACAUUCCUUCUUGUUUUUGUUAUUUUCAUGAAUGGAUAGUAAACUAGUG